AUGUCUGUCAGCAUCAACACUGGCCAGUUCUUUUAUGUUCUCUGUUUCUGUGGUGAUUUAUUCAAGUUCUUCUUUUCUACCAUUUUCCUUUCUGCAUCCUUAUUUUUAACAUCUUCCUUGCCUCUUCCUUCAUCCAUUUUCUUUUCUUUCAUUUUUAUGCUUUUCUCCUUUUCUGUUUUUUUCUUGUUUUUUGUUCUUUCCCCCCUUUAUCCCCCUUUAUUUUUUUUUCUUUAUUUUCUUUUCUUUAUCCUUUCUGUUUUUUUAUCCUCCUUUUUCUUUUUAUCCUUUUUUUUCUUUUUAUCCUUUCUGUUUUCUUUAUCCUCUCUGUUUUCUUUAUCCUUUCUGUUUUCUUUAUCCUUUCUGUUUUCUUUAUCCUUUCUGUUUUCUUUAUCCUUUCUGUUUUCUUUAUCUGAUUUUCUUUCUUUUUCAUCCUUUCCUCCUCCUUUAUCUGUUUUCUUUUUUCUUCUAUUCUUCUUCUCUGUUCUUUCUUUCUUUUUGUCAUUUCCUCCUCCUUUAUAUGUUUUCUUUUUUAUUAUUUCCAUUUUCUUUAUCUGUUUUUUCUUUCUUUUUUAUAUAUUCCUCUUCCUUCAUCUGUUUUCUUUUUCAUUUUUAUCCUUUCCUCCUUUAUCUGUUUUUUCUUUCUUUUUUGUCAUUUCCUCCUCCUUUAUCUCUUUUCUUUAUUAUCCUUUCCAUCUUCUUUAUCUUUUUUUUAUUUUUUAUCCUUUCCUUUUUCUUUAUCUGUUUUUUCUUUUUUAUCUUUUCCUUCCUCUGUGUUUUCUCUUUCUUUUUUGUCCUGUUUAUUAUCCUUUUCUUCUUUUUUGUCUUUUUUCUUUUUCUUCUUUAUCCAUUCCUCCUCCUCUAUCUAUUUUCUUUUUAUCCUUUCCUCCUUCUCUGUUUUUAUUUUCCUUUUUUAUCCUUUCCUUCUCUAGCCAUUUUCUUUUUUUUCUUGUUUUUUAUUUUGUUCUGUUCAUUUUUCAUUUCACCUCUCUCACUCUGCCUAUCAGUUUUUGUCUUUUUUCUAUUUGCCUCUCUUUGCUUUUUAUUGUUUGGUUCUUCUUUUUCUUUUCUUUUUUUUGUUUUGAUAUUUCACUGGCUUGA